AGUUUUCUUGCCGCAGGCACUUCCGUGUGCCUCUGGGGUUGUGCGUGUGAUCCUCUCUCCCCCUCGCCGCUCCACCCUAGAGGGUGGACAUCGCCUUAAAUCAACGGCAGUUAGAGUUGUUCUUGGGCCUUCUCCAUUCACGUCUCGACCCGAUGUUAGCCAUCCGUCCCGUCUUUACACAACUUCACAUCCGUAUGCCCGCCUGGCCAAGGAAACUCGCUGUGCCACAGCUUUCCCUCCUGUAUCGGGGGGGCGGGAAAUGGCAUUGACUGUCACCCCAGUCUCGGUUUGCCCAUGCCCAACCUUGGUGUACAACCUCAGGUCUCCGCUUAAUGAAGUGAAUUCCUUCGUUCAAAGUCACCGUUCACUUCAUAGUCAUAUGUUGUGUCCUUUAUCACGGACUAGUGAAAAGUGUGACUUAGCCGAAGACUGAAAUGUGGGACCGAAUCAUCCCCGUUAGUAACUGAGAAACAUCCUCUGGCAGUGCUAUCGUCCUAUUAAAAUGCUGACUUUGUCCCUCUACAACCUCACUCUACCAAGAUAUUUAAAUCCACAACCUCAUCGCUAUCGUAUCUACAGCACCCAAGCACAUUCCUAAUAAAUGCUAGUGGGUAAAUUAAAUAUGGGUCUUAAACUCAUCAAAUUAAAUUCAUAUGGCAGGAUAACGGAAAGAAAUUUCGAACAGCACGACUUGGUGAAAUUAUGUUACAUCCCAUGCAGAUACAGUCCCACACGAUGAAAGUUUAUACUGUUUGCCAAACUUUAUACGAAAACUUAGUUGACUAAAUGGGAAUUUGGAAAUUUAACCACUUCCUGUCCCUUCUUUAAGCUUUGACAGAGCAGAAAUUUUGUCUUAAUACGACGUGUUUUUGCAUAAAUCAAGCUAUUGACUUCUUUUUUAUGUUCUUUACAUUUGAUUCAUUAGUGGAAUUAGCAAGGGUCUGUGUUUUUCUCACCUCGUUCAGUUUUAUAAUUAACCAAUAGAAACUUAAUAGCUUUUAAGGAAGCUUUAGGAGCAUAAAUGGAUUUAUGGGCACCAUAUGGUUACUUCAAAGGAUCUGGUUUUUUGUUUUAACUUGAAGUAGAUUCUUCAGCCCUUUGUUAAUGAAGAAACUUUUCUAGCAAGCCAUAAUCUGGAUAUUCCUGCUACUAAAAUUGAUCUUGAGAGUCAAAGGAUGUUAGAAUCUCGUCAUUUAUCUGGUUUAAUGUGUUUCAUUUUCUAGAAAGGCUCAUUGUCUCUCUAAGGUUAUACAGUUGAUCACUAGUAUAUCCAAAACCCGAAUCCUAGCCUUAUGGACUCCAAAUUCAGUGCUCUUUCCACCAAACAAGAUACAUUGAAGCUAUUAUAAGUUAUACAACUAUUUGCUAUUUAUUCUGACUUUGUUGACUCUUUCCUUGUUACACAACUAACUCUUAAAAAUUAGAAAUAUGUUAGGAGACACAUUUAUGUUGAUCGCAUCAUGAGAGGACAGCAGUAGUUAUAACAUUAUAAGAGGUUUGAAUAGAGACUCAUGAAUUUAUAUAGUUUUGGAGGAUUUAAUAGAUGUAGUAUUUUUAAGUUUUACUUAAUGCUAAUCUUUCUUCAAGGAUGGAAUAUGACCUAAUCAAGAACUGUCUUUACUGUCUUUUAGUGUAGUUAUAUAUCUUGAACACUUCCAUUUGGUCUGUUUUUGGAGUUUCACAAGCUUUUAGAAUCUUUAACUAUUUUCAUGUAAUAUCACCUCAGAGAUGGUGGUACUGGUACUAAGAGCACAUAGAGAGUGAGAGCACAAUGUAUGGUGGCUUAAUUUAAUGAUUCUGAAUUAACAGCUUUCUUAAAACAGGUUGUGUGUACUUUUUAAUACACUAUAAUGGGCGUUCUUCAUAGACAAUAUGGAUUUUUAAACUUAGAUUGUAGAAUUAGAGAAAAUCCUAAAAUAGUAUUUUUAAAAUAUAGCCAAUAAUAGCACAUGACUUUAAUCCCAGCACUCUGGAGGCAGAGCCAAGCAGAUCUCUGUGAGUUCAAGGCCAGUCUGGUCUACAUACUGAGUUCAGGACAACUAGAGCUACAUAGUGAGACCCUGUCUCAAAAUCAAAAAAAUAUGUAUACAUGUGUAUAGUAGAUAUAAACAUAUUAUAAAUGUAAUUGCGCAUAUAGAUGUUACACUUGCAAUACAUAAUUUUGCAAUAACUCAAUGUUUAUAUUUCCUUAUAAAAUAGCCACCAUAAAUGGAUGAAAACAGUAUUUUAAUGAUUUGGUUUUUUCAAUGUGAUUACUCAGGCUGUAAUGGAGAGAAAAACUGUAUACAAAUGGGAAGAAAUAAAAAGAAGCUGGGAAUCUUAUUACAGACUUAAAACUGUAUAUAGCAGAAUUAGUGAAGUGUUGUUAGAAAUGGGGGAUUAAGAAGGCAUUUUGUAGACACAAAAUGUACUGAUCACUUGGCUGUUGGAGAACAAAGCUUAAGCAAGCAUACUAGGUAAACACUAAGACUGAGACAGUUUUAAGGAGAGGUUUAAAGAUUAAAUGUAGCUGGAGUUUUCCUGCCUGGCCUACAGUCAGGACAAAUCUCUGUCACCUGCCAGUCCCACAGCCGCUCAGACCCAACCAAGUAAACACAUAGACACUUAUAUUAUUUACGAACUGUAUGGCUGUGGCAGGCUUCUUGCUAACUGUUCUUAUAUCUUAAAUUAAUCCAUUUCUAUAAAUCUAUACCUUGCCACGUGGCUCGUGGCUUACCGGCAUCUUCACAUGCUAUUUGUCAUGGCGGCGGCUGGCAGUGUCUCCUUCCGCCUUCCUGUUCUUUCUUUUCUCUUCUCUGUUAGUCCCACCUAUACUUCCUGCCUAGCCACUGGCCAAUCAGUGUUUUAUUUAUUGACCAAUCAGAGCAAUUUGACAUACAGACCAUCCCACAGCGAUUAAAGAUGGGAUUAAAGAGUUUGGUAAAAACCAGACAAUUCCAGUACCUGGGAGCUGAGCCAAAAGCACAGGUUGCAGACCAGUGUACCCAGCCAGACCCUGUCAGAAACAAACAGAGAAGACAGGUGGGUACCAUACAUCCAGCAAGAAGGAAAUAAGUAGGCUGAGUAGUCACUUCAAAGAAUAUAGCUAAUGAUAGGGGUUAAUAAUGUUAGAGGUCAGGCUAGCAAAUAAAAGUUCUAAUUCUUGUGGCUACUUCUAGUUCUUUUAAUAUCCCUUAGUGUAGUUCUGAUCUAUACUUUUUGUAGUUUUAUCUAGUGGAUGCUUGAUGGCUUUAUAGGAAAUUCAAGAAGCUCUAAUAGAAAUUUAUUGUAAGUUCCUAAGAGGCACCAAGGGUGACAGUUAUAGUCUAUAUUGUUUUGGGGACCUCUUGGACUCUCCUGACCAACAAGGUCUGGCAGUAGGAUUUUUGUGAGCCUGUUUUAUGGGGGGACACUCACUCCAAUUGGUGUGACUUUAAUUAAUACAUAUAUAUGUAAACAUAUGCAUUAUAUUUCAUAUGUAAUUUUAAGUAGCCACAAAAUGAUUCCUUAUCAUUAUUUAAGACAUCUUUAGUGUUUUUUAUUCCUCCUUUUAAAAUGAGUCUUUUCAGAUAUCCAGUGUGAGUCACAAAUAAAAGCAAAAAUAUAGAGAAUUUCAUCCUCAAAUUAUUAUUUGGUGUUAAUGUGUUCUGAUGGCUAAUACUCGACAAAUCUCAUUUACCUUCAUAAUAAUGUCUUAGGAAAUAUAUAUGCCUCUGCUCUUUCCAGGAUUAGGUACAACUUUUCACAUUAACUCAGUCUGUUGCCACAGUGUUACAGCCAGUAGAAUUUGUUGAGGUAUAGUAAAAUUAGCGCUGGCCUACUAUUAACUUCUUAAUACUUUGUGUUCACUCUGUGUGUUUAUCUUUGUAAAGUAAUCUAACCGUGUAUGUUUAUGCACUUCACAAAAAUGAGUGCACAAAAUAACACUCGUGGUAGGACUGGCCACAUUAUAAAAUCAAGAUUCAGAAAACAGAUAAUUAUAUACAACAGCCUUUCCAGCAAUGGUUUUCUUUGCCUCUGUGUGAAAUUUGAUAGAGUAGACUUUCUGAAUGUACUUUUAGAAGAAAAGACUGGAAUUUUUAUUCAUAAGGUUUCUGCAUAUAAAUAAUGGCCUUUUGGUUUAAUAUACUUUUGCCUUCUACCUUGGGUUUUUAGGCUGGAUUAAGGUCAUUGAGGGUUUUUGUUUUGUUUGUUUCUUUAGCUGUUUGCCUGCUCCCAUGUUCCUUGAUUAAGUGUGUUUCGGAUAACAGCAGAUAAUCGCCAGGAUGGGAGUGAAUGACCUGUGGCAGGUUUUGGAGCCUAUAAAGCAGCAUAUCCACUUGCAGGACCUCAGUGGGAAAACCAUUGCGGUUGACUUGAGUCUCUGGGUGUGCGAGGCACAGACAGUGAAGAAAAUGAUGGGAACUGUCAUGAAGCCCCACCUCAGAAACCUGUUUUUUCGAAUUUCAUAUUUAACUCAAAUGAAUGUCAAACUGGUGUUUGUAAUGGAAGGGGAGCCACCAAAGCUCAAAGCUGAUGUCAUGAGCAAGAGGACUCAGACUCGUUAUGGGCCUUCUGGAAAAACAUGCUCUCAGAAAACAGGGAGAUCACAUUUUAAGUCAGUCUUACGAGAGUGCCUAACAAUGCUAGAGUGCCUAGGAAUCCCCUGGGUCCAGGCUGCUGGGGAAGCUGAAGCCAUGUGUGCUUACCUUAAUGCCAGUGGCCAUGUGGAUGGUUGCCUCACCAACGAUGGUGACGCUUUCCUGUAUGGAGCCCAGACUGUUUACAGGAAUUUCACUAUGAACGCAAAGGAUCCACAUGUUGACUGUUACACAGUAUCAUCUAUCAAGAGUAAGCUGGGCUUGGAUCGCGAUGCCCUGGUUGGACUGGCGGUGCUUCUUGGGUGUGAUUAUCUUCCAAAGGGAGUGCCUGGCGUUGGAAAAGAACAAGCAUUAAAACUUGUGCGGAUUUUAAAAGGUCAAAGUUUGCUUCAGAGGUUUAACCAGUGGAUUGAAGAACCUUGCUCCUCUAUUCCACAACCAGCAGCUAAAAAAGUGGCUCACUGCUCUGUGUGUUCCCAUCCAGGUUCACCUAAGGAUCAUGAGCGUAAUGGAUGCACAUUAUGUAAAAGUGAUAGAUACUGUGAACCGCAUGAUUAUGAAUACCGCUGUCCUUGUGAAUGGCACCAGACAGACCAUAAUAGGCAACUAAGUGAAGUAGAAAACAGUAUUAAAAGGAAAGCUUGCAGUUGCAAAGGAUUUCCAUUCCACGAGGUCAUCCAAGAAUUCCUUUUGAAUAAGGAUAAAAUGUUGAAACCCAUCAGGUACCAAAGACCUGAUUUAUUAUUGUUUCAGAGAUUUACCAUUCAGAAAAUGGAGUGGCCCAAUCACUAUGCAUGUGAGAAAUUGUUGAUGCUAUUGACUCGCUAUGAUAUGACAGAAAGAAAACUUGGGAGAAAGAACUCUAGUCAACUACAGCCAAUUAGAAUUGUUAAGCCUCGAAUCAGAAAUGGAGUUCGUUGUCUUGAAAUAGAAUGGGAAAAGCCUGAACAUUUUGCUGUGGAAGACACAGAGGCUGGGGCACUGGAUCUCCUUACCAUCGAAGAAGCAUCCUUGUUUGAAGCAGCCUAUCCUGAGGUGGUUGCUGUCUACCAGAAACAACAGUUAGAAACUCAAGGGAAGAAACAGAAGAGUGUGAAAGUUAAGCCUAAAGAAAACAGUUUACCAGAAUCAGAUAAUACAAUCAGUUAUCAAUCACUUAUGACUUUAAAACCUACAUGUGAAGUUUUCGCUGAGCAUAAUCCCAAAAUUAGUUUGGAAAUUUCUCCAGAUCUUAUUUUACCACAGGAAUCUACUUCUCCCUCAUUGAGUAGUUUUGUUUUCUCAGAAAAUGCUCCCUGUUUGAAUUUGCAAGAACAUUUCAUGCCUUCUCCGAGACCUUUGGCUGGAAAGCAAACUAAAGAUGUCAGUGAUUUUCUAGGUUCAGAAUGUAGUCAGCCCGGCUCUUUAUCCGCUACUAGUUCUGUGAUUGCUAAUCUUCAGUUGAGUACCAUUGACUGGGAAGAGACUUCUUUUAGUAAUUCUCCAGCUGUUCAAGAACACACUUUGUCUCAAGAUUUACAACCAGAACUUGAAUCAUCAGCCAUGCUUCCUGGCUUUGAAAAUACCCCAGAACAAUUGUCAUACAAAUCAGAACAAUGCACCACAAACAAUGAAAUGUUGGGUGGAGAUCUUCAAAAGAUUAGUCCUGAAGAACAUCUGCUUCCUGGAGUCACUGGUUUAUGUCUUCAUGAUUUGCCUCUAAAGGAACGAAUACAGGUAAAAUCCUCACGCCCUCAGUAUAAUGUACAAGCAAAUGCUAACCUGGAAAGUUUGCCCCUAAAAGUAAAAGGCUCUUGUAUUACUGACAGUAGUUCUGUUUGUUUAUCAAACUUCUCAAAGGAAUUUCCAGGAACAAAUCUGCACAAAGAGUCCAAAAGCUUGAAAGUACUAGACAACCAACUCCUUCAAGACAAUUCUACGGUGAAUACUUCCAUACCUUAUUCGUUUGAUGACAAAGUGGUAAAGACGUCCACUCUUCACAUUGGGCCCCCAAAUACUGCUCUACCUCAUAAUCUAAAAGUUGAUGAGAGAACUACUAAGAAACUUGUGAAGAAUAGUGUUUGCCUCAAGAGAGAUUCCUCAGAUGAAGAAAGUGCUCCAGUGUCCUGGAAAGCUCAGUGUGCUGCUCCAAAAAUGAAACACAGUUCUCAGAAGCAUAGCCUAGCCCAGGUCAGAGACAGUAGUCACAGCAAACUCAGCAAUCCCAAAAUAGACACCAAAGAAACCCAACUGUGCACAAAGUCUUCUACAACAGCUGGAGGUGAAGAAAACUGGUUCUCAGACCCAGCAAAAAGGACUCAGAGUUUUCUACAAUAUCGUAAAAAGGAUGAGGACUCCACUGCCUGCUUGGAAAGUCCUCUCCCUUUAAGCCAGAGGUUAAAACUCAGAUUCCAGAACACUGGAAGUAGAUUUGAAAAUACUUAAGUUUAAUUUAUUUGGGUGUUGUCAGCAUUAGCAGAAGCCAGGCAGUGCUGUCUAGUUCAUGUUUGGUAGAAAAUUUACAUGACUAUGUGCCAUUUUAAUCAAAAUUGUAACUUAAGAUGGUAACAGCCAUGUAUCAUGCCUAUAAUCACAGCACUUAGGAGGUGGAUAGAGUCUGGAGGAUCAGGAGUUCAAGGUUAUCCUCUGAUAUAUGGAGAGUUUCAAGACAAUCUAAUUUAUCUAAGGAAGAAAAAGAACUAAAACUUUGAUUACAAAAUAUGACAGCUUCAAAUAAUGUAUUUUUAGGACCUAUUUUACCAUUCUUGAAAUGUCUUUACUGAGUAUCUAGCAUUAACAUAUUAGUGUAUUCUUUGAUAGAGUAAAUGCGUUACCGGUUUUUAGUUCUUCUUAUAUAAGCCUCUGAAGCAUUUGUUACAAUCUAGCUUAUUCCCAAGAGGGUAACACUUUGUAAUUGUAUCCAGUGCCUUUUAUUGGCCCUUCCUAAUGGCUCUAUUUCUCUUCAUGUUAAAGUACCAUUAGCAUGCUCUUCCACUUUAGUAUUGUCGUGUUUGAGAAAUGAAAAUGGAAGAAGAGGGUGAUGUGGAGUAAAGUGUGUUUGUAAAGUCUGGAUAAGGAAAGUUAUUCCUUAUGUGCAUUCAGAAGUUCACAGGCACCACAAGUGGGAAAUGUUCUUCAAAUCAGGUGUAAAACCAAAGGGGACUGAAGCUUACUCGGGAUCACACAGUUAGUAAUGGCAAGGGUGUGAGUUCCACCUUUGCUUUCUAGUUUGGACCUUGUGUUUUUAUUUUUCUGUUUUGUUUUUAAUCUAUGAAACUGUUCCCUUUUGCUUUAAAAAUUAGUUUUUAAUUCCUAUAAACAUUAAGUCUUGCAUAAAUUGUACUCAAAAAUUCUGGAGGCAUCUGGAUUCUAAAAGAGACAGUACAAUUGUUUGUAAAUGACUGGAGCCUGAAAGUAGAAAAUCCUAACGAAUUCAUUUAAAAAAAUCUACUAAAAGCAAGCCGGAUGUGAUGACACAUGCCUUUAAUCCCAGAACUUGGAAGGCGGAGGUAGGUGGAUCUCUGAGUUCAGGGCUAGCCUGGUAGGCAGAGCUAGUUCCAGAGUAGCCAGUGCUACAUAGAAACCCUGUUAGUGAAAAAAAAAUCUGUAAACCAAAAGAAAAAAAGAAAAACCUAUUAAAAGUGAAGUGUGAGUUCAGCAAGGUUGUAAAAUACUAACUAUAAAGCUGUAUGAACAUGUAUGAACUAUACUCUGUAUGAACAUGAAAUUUCACUAAGUGAAGAUUAAAAUUACUCCAUUUACAACAUCAAGAAAAUGAACACAAUAAAGAUGGCAAAACUUAGAGUUAACAGUGGAAAACAGUGGAUGAAAGGAAAGAAAGUAUAAGUAAAAAGACAUCUCAGAUUCAUGGAUCAGAAGAUGGCGAUACUGUUUAAACUGUUUGGUUUUGCCAAGUGGUGCCGGCACAUGCCUUUAAUCCCAGCGCUCAGGCAGCAAAAGCAGGCGAAUCCCUGAGUUCCAGGACAGCCAGUGCUACACAGAGAAACCCUGUCUGGAAAAACAAAUACAUAAACUAUGGUUUCAAUCCAAUCCCAUCAAUUUCAUGUUUGUUUACUUUGUUUUGUUUUUCCCCCAGAACAUGGCAAGCUGAUUUCAUUGUUUAGAUAGAAAUUUAACAAAAUAGCACAUCUUGGGAAAAUUGGAGAAUUCAUCCUUCCUGAUGUCAUAAUUUACUACAAAGCUGUAUAAAUGAAAUACCUUGUACUGAUAUAA